AUGCAGUCCGGUGAAUCGGCUUCACAGGAGGUGAGCAGGGAUGGAGCUGUAGGGCUGGAGGAGCUGAGCUGCUGUUCGUGUGAGAAUUUGGUGGAGGAGGAUUGUACUGUCCUAGGGGCAGGGAAACCGCCACCUGGCUUACAUCUGGAUGUAGUCAAAGGAGACAAACUCAUUGAGAAACUCAUCAUUGAUGAGAAGAAAUACUAUCUCUUUGGGAGAAAUCCUGACCUGUGCGAUUUUACCAUUGACCACCAGUCUUGCUCUCGGGUCCAUGCUGCCUUGGUCUAUCACAAACAUCUCAAGAGGGUUUUCCUCAUAGAUCUAAACAGCACACAUGGCACAUUCUUGGGUCAUAUCCGUUUGGAACCUCACAAACCCCAACAGAUACCCAUUGACUCCACAGUUUCAUUUGGCGCUUCUACACGGGCAUAUACUCUGCGAGAGAAGCCCCAGACACUGCCAUCAGCAGUUAAAGGAGAUGAGAAAAUGGGCGGUGAAGAUGAAGAGCUGAAGGGCUUGCUGGGCCUGCCAGAGGAGGAGACCGAACUUGAUAACCUGACAGAGUUUAAUACAGCCCACAACAAAAGAAUUUCCACGCUAACCAUUGAGGAAGGGAACUUGGAUAUUCAGAGACCAAAGAGAAAACGGAAGAACUCCAGAGUGACGUUCAGUGAUGAUGAUGAAAUCAUCAAUCCGGAGGAUGUGGACCCUUCUGUUGGACGUUUCAGGAACAUGGUGCAGACAGCAGUAGUCCCUGUUAAGAAAAAACGGUUGGAGAAUCCAGGCGCAUAUGAGGCAGGUUCCCAAUCGCAUGGCAUCCAUGGGACAGCACUCAUUGGCGGUCUGCCAAUGCCCUACCCCAAUCUUGCCCCAGAUGUGGACUUGACCCCUGUUGUGCCCUCAACAGUUAAUAUGAACCCAGCUCCAAACCCUGCUGUCUUUAAUCCUGAAGCUGUGAAUGAACCCAAGAAGAAGAAAUAUGCAAAGGAGGCAUGGCCGGGCAAGAAGCCAACCCCUUCCCUACUGAUCUGAGUUGGGUUUUAUUGAGGGAGGGUGGGAGCUACGAACUCCAGAAACUGUUUAUGUGCAGUAUCGUCUUUUUAAAAUUUCAGUGUCCUAACCAGAUGUAAUACCAAGAUUGGAGAAGUGAAAUAUCCUUUAAAGAUCUGUCUUCAAGCGUUUUUAUAUGUCUGUUUAAAAGAAAAAAUACAGCUCCCAUCUCCUUAUAUAUCUGGCAGCCUUUUUUUAGCCAUUACUGUCCCCAGAGGUCUUUACUCUGAAUUUUGAUCCAUAAGUUGAAGGGGCAGAGUCACUUCAGUUUAAUUAUGGCAUGACCCUGCAAAUUCGUGCAUUUAGGUGUCGUGCUUACUAGGAGUAAUGUUGUUCCUGCUGGACUUGCUCAUAGCAUGUCAGCUGUAUCAGAAGUAAAUGUUUGUGGGGUCCAGCAUUUCAGAAAUCCCAUCGGUAUGAGUUCUAAAACUUGCAAAAUACAGGUCA